AUGAGUGACGAGGACAUCCAUGAACACAUGGACUAUUUGGAGAAUGACUUGACCAUGGGCAUGGAAACCUUCAUCCACCGCAUCGACUCCACUGAAGUCAUCUACGAGCCGCGGAGGAAGAGGGCCAAGCUGAUUGGGAAGUACCUGAUGGGAGACCUGCUGGGGGAGGGCUCCUACGGGAAGGUGAAGGAGAUGCUGGACUCUGAGACGCUCUGCAGGAGGGCAGUCAAGAUCCUCAAGAAGAAGAAGCUGAGACGCAUCCCCAAUGGGGAGCAAAAUGUAAAAAAGUAUGUGGAAUGCUUCGCAUGGCUUUUUUAGUGCUUUUACUGUUGAUCUACAGAAUAAGCUAGUUGUGUUGAUCAUGGAGUUGUUGUUUUGGUGUGUGAAUGUGCUUCUAAUCAGUGUAUGUACUUCAGGAGUUACUCUGCCUUUGAGGAAUCACUGAGUGUAAAGUUAAUCUCUAUUGAUUGAAGUGGGAUGUAAAUUGAGCUUUUCAGGACACUAAUAAUAUUUAUCUCAAUAAAUCUUGCCUUUGAAAGUCCAGAAGAUAAAACAACAUUAAGGUUGUUCAAAUUACUUUUGCCCUGUGGUUUCUGUUGUGAGUGCUGAUGAAACUGCAUUAGUAUUCCAUAGUGCAAUUAAUCCAGUUUUCCUAUUACCAUAUCUAAACACUUUUUUAUUUUAUUUCUUUACAGAGAGAUUCAGCUGCUACGAAGAUUGAGGCACAAGAACAUUAUCCAGUUGGUCGAAGUUUUAUAUAAUGAGGAGAAGCAAAAGAUAUAUCCUUUAAAAAUAAUGUUUUUGUUCUUUAGCAUGAGUAUCUAAACCAUAGAGAUGUUUCACGAGUCGUACAAGUCACACUAACAAAGCCUUCGCUAGCACUGCAUAAGAUUUUUUAUUUUAUUUAUUUAACCUUUAUUUAACUAGGCAAGUCAGUUAAGAACAAAUUCUUAUUUACAAUGACGGCCUACACCGGCCAAACCCAGACGACGCUAGGCCAAUUGUGCGCCACCCUAUGGGACUCCCAAUCACGGCUGGUUGUUAUACAGCCUGGAAUCGAACCAGGGGGUCUGUAGUGACGCCUCAAGCACUGAGAUUUUAUUUAUUUAUUUAUUUCACCUUUAUUUAACCAGGUAAGCCAGUUGAGAACAAGUUCUCAUUUACAACUGCGACCUGGCCAAGAUAAAGCAAAGCAGUGCGAUUAAAAACAACAACAACACAGAGUUACACAUGGGAUAAACAAAACAUACAGUCAAUAACACAAUAGAAAAUCUAUAUACAGUGUGUGCAAAUGUAGUAAGUUAUGGGUGUAAGGCAAUAAAUAGGCCAUAGUGCAAAAUAAUUACAAUUUAGUAUUAACACUGGAGUGAUAGAUGUGCAGAAGAUGAUGUGCAAAAAGAGAUACUUGGGUGCAAAUUAGCAAAAUAAAUAACAAUAUGGGGAUGAGGUAGUUGGGUGGGCUAAUUACAGAUGGGCUGUGUACAGGUGCAGUCAUCGGUAAGCUGCUCUGACAACUGAUGCUUAAAGUUAGUGAGGGAGAUUAGAGUCUCCAGCGUCAGAGAUUUUAGCAGUUCGUUCCAUUCAUUAGCAGCAGAGAACUGGAAGGAAUGGCGGCCAAAGGAGGUGUUGGCUUUGGGGAUGACCAGUGAGAUAUACCUGCUGGAGCGCAUACUACGGGUGGGUGUUGCUAUGGUGACCAAUGAGCUAAGAUAAGGCUGGGAUUUGCCUAGCAGUGAUUUAUAGAUGACCUGGAGCCAGUGGGUUUGGCGACGAAUAUGUAGGGCCAGCCAACGAGAGCGUACAGGUCACAAUGGUGGGUAGUAUAUGGGGCUUUGGUGACAAAACGGAUGGCACUGUGAUAGACUACAUCCAAUUUGCUGAGUAGAGUGUUGGAGGCUAUUUUGUAAAUGACAUCGCCGAAGUCAAGGAUCGGUAGGAUAGUCAGUUUUACGAGGGCAUGUUUGGCAGCAUGAGUGAAGGAGGAUUUGUUGCGAAAUAGGAAGCCGAUUCUAGAUUUAACUUUGGAUUGGAGAUGCUUAAUAUGAGUCUGGAAGGAGAGUUUACGGUCUAACCAGAAACCUAGGUAUUUGUACCGGUAAUUGUCCACAUAUUCUAAGUCAGACCCGCCUAGAGUAGUGAUUCUAGUCGGGCGGGCGGGUACAAGCAGCGUUCGAUUGAAGAGCAUGCAUUUAGUUUUACUAGUGUUUAAGAGCAGUUGGAGGCUACGGAAGGAGUGUUGUAUGGCAUUGAAGCUCGGUUGGAGUGUCCAAUGAAGGGCCAGAUGUAUACAAAAUGGUGUUGUCUGCGUAGAAGUGGAUUUGAGAGUCACCAGCAGCAAGAGCGACAUCAUUGAUAUACACAGAGAAUAGAGUCUGCCCGAGAAUUGAACCCUGUGGCACCCCCAUAGAGACUGCCAGAGGUCCAGACAACAGGCCCUCCGAUUUGACACAUUGAACAGAGCUGUUGGCCGGGGUAGGGGUAGCCAGGUGGAAAGCAUGGCCAGCUGUAGCAAAAUGCUAAUUAAAAUUCUCGAUUAUCGUAGAUUUAUAGUUGGUGACAGUGUUUCCUAGCCUCAGUGCAGUGGGCAGCUGGGAGGAGGUGCUCUUAUGGACUUUACAGUGUCCCAAAACUUUUUGGAGUUAGUGCUACAGGAUGCAAAUUUCUGUUUGAAAAAGCUAGCCUUUGCUUUCCUAACUGAUUGUGUGUAUUGGUUCCUGACUUCCCUAAAAAGUUGCAUAUUGCGGGGGCUGUUCGAUGCUAAUGCAGUACGCCGCAGGAUGUUUUUGUGCUGGUCAAGGGCAGUCUGGGAUGAACCAGGGGCUAUAUCUGUUCUUAGUUUGGAAUUUUUUGAAUGGGGCAUGCUUAUUUAAGAUGGAGAGGAAAGCACUUUUAAAGAACAACCAGGCAUCCUCAAUUGACGGAAUGAGGUCAAUAUCCAUCCAGGAUACCCGGGCCAGGUCAAUUCGAAAGGCCUGCUCGCUGAAGUGUUUUAGGGAGCGUUUGAUAGUGAUGAGGGGUGGUCGUUUGACCGCGGACCCAUUUACGGAUGCAGGCAGUGAUCGCUGAGAUCCUGGUUGAAGACAGCGGAGGUGUAUUUAGAGGGUAAAUUAGUCAGGAUGAUAUCUAUGAGGGUGCCCAUGUUUACGGAUUUAGGGUUGUACCUGGUAGGUUCCUUGAUAAUUUGUGUGAGAUUGAGGGCAUCUAGUUUAGAUUGUAGGAUGGCCGGGUUGUUAAGCAUAUCCCAGUUUAGGUCCCCAAGCAAUACGAAGUCUGAGGAUAGAUGGGGGGCAAUCAAUUCACAUAUGGUGUCCAGGGCACAGCUGGGGGUCUGAGGGGGGUCUGUAGCAAGCGUCAACAGUGAUACUUAUUUCUGGAGAGGUGGAUUUUUAGAAGUAGAAGCUCAAACUGUUUGGGCACAGACCUGGAUAGUGUGAUAGAGUUCUGCUGGCUAUCUCUACAGUAGAUUCAGACACUGCUAGAACAUCAGGGUUGACGGAGUGUGCUAACGCAGUGAGUAACACAAACUUAGGGAGGAGGCUUCUGAUGUUAACAUGAAAAAAACAAGGCUUUUACGGUCACAGAGAUGCAGUGCCUUAGAUCGCUGCGCCACUCGGGAGCCCUUGUCCAAGCGUAAUAAUGUGUGGAUAGUGGGAUAGGCUAGUCUAUUUUGGGGUGACUUUUUCCUCACCUUAGGGAAUGAUCUUGUCCCAUGGAACAGUUGUAGAGUAAGCUAUGCAGAUCAACUGUAAAAACAAGCAUGGACUGUCCUUCAUAGCUCAUGUUGCUGUAAUUCAGCGUUAUGACCACAAGGGGUCUCUGUUGGCCUCUUGGGGUGAAAAAGGCUACAUGAAGCUCAAUCAGAUGGACUAACAAACUUCACAAACAUUUACCUUCUGCUCUCUCCCUCCCCCCAACUCACUGUCUUUAAUUCUAAUCAUCUCUGACGGGUCCUUUAGAAGUCUGCUGCUCUAGACCACAUAAAACGAAUUAACCUUUGUCUCUGACAUUAAAAGGGUCUCCCCAAUUGAUUUAGUACUGUUAACACUUAAGAUGGCUCACCACUUGCUCUUUAGGACCAUGAAGGAUUCUGCCAAUGUCAGGUCAAAUAAAUCCCAAUUGGCAUUUUAGGGUAAUUGUUGAGGUGAGAACAUAUUAUAGGAACUAAUGACGUGGUUGUAAACCUAUGGUUUUGUUUGUCUUUUUAGUUGUUGCGUCGUAGAAGAUUGACUUAAUAGAAUGUCUCCGUUUUGACUUCAUACACAAGGCUCUGUGUAUGACUUGUGAAGGGCUCUGUUUUGUUCAUGCUCCUCCUCUGUUCCUUUUCUCCUGAAUUACUCUGUUGGAACAUUGUGGCAUACAGGUGACAGGUCAGUUAGCCUUGCAGCUGUAAAAGUGCAGUGGUGCUGAAGACGUGUCUGUCAUUUGUGUGGAACACACAGAUGUCCAGGAUGUGAGAGCUCUGGCUUCAGCUUCUAUACAACUCUAAGGAGAAUAGUUGCAAACUAAACAUCACCGUUUCUAAAGGCAACACUGAACCAUAUGGUUUUUGUAACCCAUCUUUUUACACAAAGCUAGAAGUAGGAAUUUGUAGAAUUCUACCUUGAAAAAAUUGCUACACAAAUACAUUUUGAGAGGCAAUGAUUUCUGAUUAUAUCCCGCCCACCCUCUGUCUACAAGCCCAUGACUCCUAUGUCAGAUGGCCGAACGGGACCCAGCCAUUGGUGAUUGGUCCUCCAGCCCGUCUGACUGCAGCCCAGCCCCCUGAAUCAUCUAGCUAGUCACUCAGUUUACUCCUAAUGUGUGUUACUGAUUAAACCGGCAAUGAGAGGAGAAAAAGCGAUGAGAAGCAGGGAUUGGGUCCCCCUCUCUCCCUUCUUCUCUCUUCCUCCCUCCCUCUCCUCACUGUACCUUUCUAACCGGUCAUGUGAAGUCCCUCCGGUGGUUAGUCAAUGGGGUUGUAAUGUGGGUGCACUGCUCAUACUGUGGGCUGACCGGGCUCCCCCCUCUCUGGGAAGAGAGGGGGCCACUGACUGACCAAGAGGCUCCCACUGUGUCAUAGACCUGCCGCCUGUUUACCUAUCCAGCCCUCCCCAAUCCAACAAUGGGAUGGAAAUAUCCCCACCUUUCACGCCUCUCUCCUCCCCGCUCUGACUGAGGCUGCUGGCUAGAUAAAGUGCCUUCUGUAAGUGACCCUGAGAAGUGUGAAUACAGAAUUUAGUAUUGUUUUGACAUUCAAUUUCACAAUUUGUACGCAUUUAUUGUCUUGUCAUCUUUGUUCCAUUCAGGAAGAUGAACUUAUUCUCAAGGACAAAUUGUAUGUUCCCAGACUUGGAUCAAUGAUAUUUUGUGUAUCUAGCUAGUUUUAUGGAUUAGUGACUAGUCAGUCAACCACGUAUUGAUCAGUACUGUAGUAGACAUUAGGAUUUAAGGUUAUUUGUGUUGAAAUAAUAUAAAUCCUUUGGCGCCUUGCUAAAUUACCAAUAUGAAACCAUUGCCACCUUGUCUCUUUUCCUUGACUUUGCUUACGUAUAUGGUGAUGGAAUAUUGUGUAUGUGGAAUGCAGGAGAUGUUGGACAGUGUUGAUGAGAAAAGGUUUCCAGUCUUUCAAGCUCAUGGGUAUGUUUACCUUUCAUCUCAAUUGAAUAGUUAAAGAUAUCUGGCCAAACACUAAUACCAAACAGUGAAGUUAAUACAGAUAUAUUGCUGUUUUUCCCAAGGUACUUUUGUCAGCUGCUAGAUGGCUUGGAAUAUUUGCACAGCCAAGGAAUUGUUCACAAAGAUAUUAAACCAGGGAAUCUACUACUGACGACGGACGGCGCACUAAGAAUCUCCGACCUGGGUGUAGCAGAGGUGAGCCCCCAGUCCUCUGACCGUUUUCCGAUAUCCACUUUAUAUUGCAUUUUAAUUGGGUUACCUUUAUGGGGCUGAAUGAUUAUCUGUGUGUUCCUGUUCUCCCUCCCAAGGCGCUGCACCCAUUUGCAGAGGAUGACACGUGUUGUACGAGCCAGGGCUCUCCAGCCUUCCAGCCCCCAGAGAUCGCCAACGGCCUGGACACCUUCUCAGGGUUCAAAGUGGACAUCUGGUCUGCUGGUGUCACACUGUGAGUGGCCACUCAGACAUUAAUUGUUUCAGCUGGCAUAUUUAUUUAAUGGCUCUUGGGGAUAAAUACAGUUUGUUGAAUUUAACAUACUUUGCUGUCUGUGAUUUUAAAUUACAGAUGAUCAGGGGCGCAACUUUGGUUUUAGAAGUGGGGGGACUUAUUAUUAUUAUUCAUUUUUUUCAGUCGGAUAAACACUCCAAAGAGCCUACCCGACCACUCGGAGGUGUCCGCAUUGGUCCUAAAGCACACCGUUGCCUCGUUUUUGUAUCACAUUCCAAUGAUAAAACUGGGGGGGACAAAAAUGCAAUUUCAGAAUGUGGGGGGUGGGGGGGCAUGUCCCCGUCCCCAGUGAAAGUUGUGCCCCUGCAGAUGAUUCUUAAUUCAAGUACUCUUCUUGAUUUUGUAAUUGUAUUUUUUCUUUCAGUUAUAACAUAACGACCAGCCUGUACCCUUUCGAAGGUGACAACAUCUAUAAGCUGUUUGAGAACAUUGGGAAGGGAGACUACAGUGUUCCAGAGGAGUGUGGCCCUCUACUCUCUGGUCUGUUAAGAGGUAAGAGUCUAGACCAGGGCUCUCCAACCCUGUUCCUGGAGAACUACCUUCCUGUAGGUUUUCACUCCAACCCUACUCAAGAUCACCUGAUUCUAAUAAUUAGCUGGUUGAUAAGCUGAAUCAGGUUAGUUAUAACUGGGGUUGGACUGAACCUACAGGAGGGUAACUCUCCAGGAACAGGGUUGGAGAGCCCUGGUCUAAACUGACUAACACUGCUGCUGGCACUCCCAAUAUUCUAUUUCAUGUUAUUAAGCCUUAUUAGAGAUGAAAGCAUUAGCUGCAGUAGUAAGAGUAUUUGAGGGAUGCCAACUUUGAUACAUUAUUUCUCAAUUAUGCGUUUAGAUAUAUAUAUAUAUAUAUAUAUAUGUCAACAAUCAUUCCUCCAAAGGACCAUUCUGUGGAUAAAAUUGAGUGAAAAUCUCCAAAAUCAUGGCCUUUUUUUGUUCUGGUUUCGUGAGGAAUCACUCAUUACAAAAAGGGUAUGACCACAGAAUUAUAGAUUUAGCUCUUUAUUGGACUUAAUUUGACCACUCAGAUGUACUUAGCAGUAAGUAGUGAUUCAUUCUUGGAGGUUUGUCUUUUGGAGAUGUAGAUGGCUCUGUGGUGAUUGUACCUUAUGUGUCACAACAAUUAUCAUUUUGAUUCAUCAUGAAUAUGCAGUGUAUUGAAAAAAAAAUUCUAAGAUAAAGAUGUGUUUGAAGGACAGGCACUCUGUUUUUCUCGCAGGAAACGGUCAUUAUGGCGCAAUUGUCUGUUUUCAUUGUUGUCAAGUAGCCCUGAUUUAAACACUGCACAAAAAUAAGGACAUAAUGAAAGGAAUAAAUGUAUCUCAUCAAAUGAUUACAAAACGGUCAAUUUAUUUUGUAUUUUUCUUCCAGGAAUGCUUGAGUAUAACCCUGAGAAGAGGUUCUCAAUACAACACAUUAGACAACACAAGUAAGUAAUCGUGCUCCCUUUUUAUCUGAAGCAGCAAUUUAACUUAUACAAAUGAAACCGGAGAUGAUUUGGGGAAAACAGCAGUCCGGUGAUGAGCGAUGUCCAAUCAAAGUGUUUGAGGAAACAGGCUGUCAUUUUUGUGAUCGAUUUGUUGUCAUUUGCAUCUGAGCUCUGCUGAAGGCCAAAUUGUAUCAUUUUGAUAAUGAUGGGAGGAGAAAACAGAACACACUGCCUCUCUCUUGUAUCAUUUGGAGGUCUUAUGUGAGGCCCAUUGUGUUGGAACAGGCUUUUAUGAUAAUUUAGCUCCUGUCUGUUUGUUUACAAUACAUAACCUAUAUGAUAUAGAUUACUGCACAAUACGCAUGACAGAAAAACAUAAAAGCCCAUAGAUGUAGCUAGCUAUAUGCUCUCUUGGGUAAAUAAAUGAAACUAGCUCCAGUAGGCUAAUCUUUUUGAUUGUGAACUGUAUUACUGUUCUGUAUUAUAUGGACUGGAAUUACGCACAUCGUUCAAACCAUGAUAAAGCAGAAGAAAACAUGUGGUUCUGGUGCAGCACAUGCGGCUUACAAAGUUACAAGUAUAGGAUAGCAAAUUGUAUUUUAAUUUGGGAAAAUAAUAGGGCCUAUUUGUAUAAUUAGUAAGCUGAUGCAUAUAUACCUUUUCAUAAUAUUUCCUCUGUUAUUAGCCUACCUCCUCUUUCUCUCGCUAUUGUCGCUUCAUUCCUUCCUCGCUUUCAACAGUUAAAUGAAAUACGUUUCGUUGUCCUUAUCUUCAUCAUUCUAAUGACAUACUUGAUUAAUAUAGGAUUAGAAUUAGAUGCAGAAGGCUUUCACUUCUCUUCACGAAUAUUGAAUGGUUAUGGGUCUGAAUAAAUAACUGCUAUAGACCGCCAUCGCGUUCGCUCUUCUUUCAAACUACCCAUGAGUUCUAUUGGGCUGCUGUAUUUAACGUUCAGCAAAAAAGAGCUUGCGUCCCUCUUCGAAUAGCUUUUCCUGUAUGGGACUCCAAGAGCUAAGGAGCGUUGUUUAAGGAGAGGCCAGCGUAGCACAGGCGCUUGCGUAUUGCACAAGAGACCGAGGCUAUAAGUUAGAAGCUUAUUAUGCAUAACCCAUCAUUAAUGAGCUAACUAUAAGGCUAAUACUGCAUUGAAUGUAUUACCUGAAAGAGGUAGGCUAGGACAUCCUAUAUAUAGGGCUAUAUAUCAAUCUAGAACAGGAUGAACUAUUUUGGAUGCAAUUUGAAUGGAGUUGAUGGAGAGAGAGCAAGACUGCGAGAGAGUGCUCGCGGGUGCACUGAUUAAAGCAAAGAUAUUCGAGAGAUAGGCUGUUUUUAAAACUCUGCAGCGGCAAUUAACAAAAUUAUUAUCUUUACAAUUUAAAAAACAAGGUGACUCCCAAAAGCCAGAUGGAGAUGGGUAAAUUAAACACGCAGUCUGUCUUUACAUUACUGUAACAUAGGCUAUGCUGCAGUAAAUUUAGGUCUACCUGUCACAAGAAAAAAAGUUACCGUGAUGAGAUGAUAGGUCUGCAUGCAUUGUGAACUGCUGCUCCAUACUGAGAUGGUCUGUCCCCACCCUGAGCAUUGAUUCAUCAUGCAGAGGCCGUAGAGAAUCCAGAUUUAGACAUGGCAUAUAAUUUAACUGUUCCAUUUCACGCCAUGCUGUUCAUAUACAGUUGAAGUCGGAAGUUUACAUACACUUAGGUUGGAGUCAUUAAAACUCGAUUUUCAACCACUCCACAAAUUUCUUGUUAACAAACUAUAGUUUUGGCAAGUCGAUUAGGACAUCUACUUUGUGCAUGACACAAGUAAUUUUUCCAACAAUUGUUUACAGACACAUUAUUCCACUUAUAAUUCACUGUAUCACAAUUCCAGUGGGUCAGAAGUUUACAUAAACUUAGUUGACUGCCUUUAAACAGCUUGGGAAAUUCCAGAAAAUGAUGUCAUGGCUUUAGAAGCUUCUGAUAGGCUAAUUGACAUCAUUUGAGUCAAUUGGAGGUGUACCUGUGGAUGUAUUUCAAGGCCUACCUUCAAACUCAGUGCCUCUUUGCUUGACAUCAUGGGAAAAUCAAAAGAAAUCAGCCAAGAUCUCAGAAAAAAAAUUGUAGACCUCCACAAGUCUGGUUCAUCCUUUUCCAAACGCCUGAAGGUACCAUGUUCAUCUGUACAAACAAUAGUACGCAAGUAUAAACACCAUGGGACCACGAAGCCAUCAUACCGCUCAGGAAGGAGAUGCGUUCUGUCUCCUAGAGAUGAACGUACUUUGGUGCGAAAAGUGCAAAUCAAUACCAGAACAACAGCAAAGGACCUUGUGAAGAUGCUGGAGGAAACAGGUACAAAAGUAUCUAUAUCCAUAGUAAAACGAGUCCUAUAUCGACAUAACCGGAAAGGCCGCUCAGCAAGGAAGAAGCCGCUGCUCCAAAACCGCCAUAAAAAAGACAGACUACGGUUUGCAACUGCACAAGGGGACAAAGAUUGUGCUUUUUGGAUAAAUGUCCCCUGGUCUGAUGAAACAAAAAUAGAACUGUUUGGCCAUAAUGACCAUUGUUAUGUUUGGAGGAAAAAGGGGGUUGCUCGCAAGCCGAAGAACACCAUCCCAACCGUGAAGCAUGGGGGUGACAGCAUCAUGCUGUGGGUGUGCUUUGCUGCAGGAGGGACUGGUGCACUUCACAAAAUAGAUGGCAUCAUGAGGAAUGAAUAUAAUGUGGAUAUAUUGAAGCAACAUCUCAAGACAUCAGUCAGGAAGUUAAAGCUUGGUCGCAAAUGGGUCUUCCAAAUGGAUAAUGACCCCAAGCAUACUUCCAAAUUUGUGGCAAAAUGGCUUAAGGACAACAAAGUCAAGGUAUUGGAGUGGCCAUCACAAAACCCUGACCUCAAUCCUAUAGAAAAUAUGUGGGCAGAACUGAAAAAGCGUGUGUGAGCAAGGAGGCCUACAAACCUGACUCAGUUACAUCAGCUCUGUCAGGAGGAAUGGGCCAAAAUUCACCCAACUUAUUGUGGGAAGCUUGUGGAAGGCUACCCGAAACGUUUGACCCAAGUUAAGAAUUUUAAAGGCAAUGCUACCAAAUACUAAUUGAGUGUAUGUAAACUUCUGACCCACUGGGAAUGUGAUGAAAGAAAUAAAAGCUGAAAUAAAUCAUCCUCUCUACUAUUAUUCUGACAUUUCACAUUCUUAAAUUAAAGUCAGACAGGGAAUUUUUACUAGGAUUAAAUGUCAAGAAUUGUGAAACUGAGUUUAAAUGUAUUUGGCUAAGGUGUAUGUAAACUUCCGACUUCAACUGUAAAUAAUGUAUUAUAAUUUACCGGUUUCUCACAGUUAUUUGUCCUCGGAAAAGGGAGUGGUUUUGGGUGAUAAAUCUCGGUAACCGGGUUUCCGCCGUUCAACCCUAGUUACAACCAAUUAUGCUUCCAACCUUUUGUAUGCCUCUAUCUAAUAACAUUAUGAGAAGUCAUGUGGUAGUGAGAUAUGUUGCCUUAUUUGGUGCUACCUCAGGGCUUCUGAUGAGCUGUAGUUAAAAAGGCAUCAGUCAGACUGGCUGGGCUGGGAAAUGCUGCCUAUCUAUCGCUCCCUCUCUCUCCUCCUAACUUUCCAGUCUUUUUUCCAAGCCCUUAAAGACUCUUGACUACAUGGGCUGAUGAUCUGGCGAGUGUCGGCUGCAGUUACCAUGGCAACAGAUGACUGAAGCGUAUCUGUGUGAUGCUAGAGCUCGGAGAGGGAGGGAGGGAAAAUCAUGCAUUGUAUUCACCGUGGGCGUCUCGAAACUGCUUUAAAAUCAUAUUUCAUUUUGGCUCACUGUAUUGGGUGCAAAAUGGAAUGAGAGAAAAAUUAUGAAAACAGGCAAAUUCUUGUAGAGUGUAGACACGCACACAUACACAUGCUUGUAAUGAACUAUGUGGGGGCCUCCCGAGUGGCGCAGUGGUUCAAGGCACUGCAUCGCAGUGCUAGAGGCAUCACUACAGACCCGGGUUUGAUCCCAGGCUGUGUCGCAGCCGGCCAGGACCGGGAGACCCAUGAGGCGGCGCACAAUUCGCCCAGCGUCGUCCGGGUUAGGGGAGGGUUUGCCCGUCCGGGAUGUCCUUGUCCCAUCGCGCUCCAGCUGUACGACGUUUCCUCCGACACAUUGGUGCAGCUGGCUUCCGGGUUAAGCGGGCAGUGUGUCAAGAAGCAGUGCGGCUUGGUGGGGUCGUGUUUCGGAGGACGCAUGGCUCUCGACCUUCGCCUCUCCCGAGUCCGUACGGGAGUUGCAGCGCUGGGACAAUACUGUAACUACCAAUUUGGAUAUCACGAAAUUGGGGGAAAAAAAGGGGUGAAAAGUACAACUAAAAAUGUUUUAUGAACUAUGUUGGAGAGUUGGUUUAGAUACAUCUAACAUACGCUUCUUGAAUAUUCUGUUUAUUAACAUAGCUUAUUUAUAGUUUAUUAACUUGAUAGCAAAUGUGUUUAACUUCAAGUUUCUUUCACUUCCAGGUAUGGAUUGCUCACCAUGAUAGGAUGUAGUGUGUCCUGUGUCGCCUGACCUAACCUACCUUAGUGCAUGUUAAUAACAAAGUUAAUAACAUGCAAUUAUUCAGGAGAAUCUAAUCAAUCGCUCCUUCAUAUGUGGUCCUUCUAUUUGUGGCCAUGCCAAAAUAAACAAACGAUAAGGAGGCGUAAAUAGGAGCUGGGGAAAAAUGACUGUAUAAAUAUUUAACCAGGCAAAAGGGCAGAUGGGUCUUUAAAAUUAAUUACCCAGCUCUGUGCAAAUAUUAACAUUAAGGAGAAUUACUAUGGGUAGAGACACCAUGCUGGAGUCAAUGCAACUUUAAUGACCCAGCUCCUGAGGGGACCCUUCUCUUAUGGUGUAGCAGCUUCACUAGGCUGCCUUAUGGAGGCUUGAUCACUUCUUAUCCUAAACCCUCAUUUUACUAGCCCUCUCUUAACUGCACAUCACCAAUUAUACACUGAACACAAAUAUAAACGCAACAAUUUCAAAGAUUUUACUGAGUUACAGUUAAUAAGGAAAUCAGUCAAUUGAAAUAAAUUCAAUAGGCCCUAAUCUAUGGAUUUCACAUGACUGUGAAUACAGAUAUGAAUCUGUUGGUCAAAGAUACCUUUUAAAAAAAAAAAAAAAAAAAAAAGCUAGGGGCGUGGAUCAGAACCAGUCAGUAUCUGGUGUGACCCCCAUUUGCCUCAUGCAGCGCUAAACAUCUCCUUCGCAUAGCGUUGAUCAGGCUGUUGAUUGUGGAAUGUUGUAUGGGACAUUUCUGUGAUCUUUUUAUUUCAGCUCAUAAAACAUGGGACCAACACUUUACAUGUUGCGUUUUUAUAUUUUUGUUCAGUAUACAUAUAUAAGUUGCUUUAAGUAACUGCUUAUUGCUUAUUCCAUUAUAUAACUAGUGAGUGGAGGAGAAUGUCUGCAGCACUUGAUAUGACUCCUGAGUGGCGCAGUGGUCUAAGGCACUGCAUCACAGUGCUAACUGUGCCACUAGAGAUCCUGGUUCGAAUCCAGGCUCUGUCGCAGCCGGCCGCGACCGGGAGACUCAUGGACGGCGCACAAUUGGCCCAGCGUCGUCCAGGGUAGGGGAGGGAAUGGCCGGCAGGGAUGUAGCUCAGUUGAUAGAGCAUGGCGUUUGCAACGCCAGGGUUGUGGGUUUGAUUCCCACGGGGGGCCAGUAUAAAAAAAAAAAUGUAUUCACUAACUGUAAGUCGCUCUGGAUAAGAGCGUCUGCUAAAUGACUAAAAUGUAAAUGUAAAUCAGUGAAUAGCAGUGAGUGGGAGUGUGUCCUGUUAUAAUCAAGGAAAAGAUGGAGAAGAUAGAAUGUAAAGAGGAGUUGUACACACAAUGUACAGAAAACACAAUCAAUCCCACGUCACAAUGUACAGAAAACACACACAAUCUAUCCCACGUCACAAUGUACAGAAAACACACACAAUCAUACUGUGCACACAUGCCUACCUCUAUGGCCCCAUGGUAUGGCUGUCGUCACUGACGCUCCAUGCGUUGUUACGAAACAAAAGGCCAAGGUCUCCACAGGCCUCUCUCUCUACUAUUACUCACUCCUUUUUCAGAAAGUAAGCUGCCCGUUACAUAGUGUGUUGCUUAGCUCUUCACUAUUUCUGGCAAUAGGAGGAAGGGGACGUGGGACAUUUCUGUCUCUUAAAUAUGAACUCAACAAAAUGAUUCUGCUUUAUGACAUGCAGGAGAUUUAGUGGUGAAACAUACUGCAGUGAGAAUGACAAAAAAAGAAAUCCUUGGUCAAUUGUUGUGCAUUGCGGCUCUGCUUCUGUUGUCCUCAAUCCGCGCUGUUGUAGUCUGUCAACAUCAGAGCAAAUCACGCCUGGCUGCAAGGACUACUUUGUUGUCCUGUAUAUGCUAGGGCUGGGAAUUGCCAGGGACCUCACAAUACGAUAUUAUCACGCUACUGUAUUGCGAUUCGGUACUGUGAUUUUAUUGCGAUUCAAUGUUCCAAACAUAUUGCUCACCACACAGUACCAGUCAAAAGGUUGGACACACCUACUCAUUCAAGGGUUUUUCUUUAUUUUUACUAUUUUCUACAUAUUAGAAUAAUAGUAAAGACAUCCAAACUAUGAAAUAACACAUAUGGAAUCAUGUAGUAACCACAAAAGUGUUAAACAAAUCAAAACAUAUUUUAUAUUUGAGAUUCUUCAAAUAGCCACCCUUUGCCUUGAUGACUGCUUUGGACACUCAGCUGGAAUGCUUUUUCAACAGUCUUGAAGGAGUUCCCACAUAUGCUGAGCACAUAUGCUGCUUUUUCUUCACUCUGCCGUCCGACUCAUCCCAAACCAUCUCAAUUGGGUUGCGGUCGGGGGAUUGUGGAGGCCAGGUGAUCUGAUGCAGCACUCCAUCACUCUCCUUCUUGCUAAAAUAGCCCUUACACAUCCUGGAGGUGUGCUGGGUCAUUGUCCUGUUGAUAAACAAAUGAUAGUCCCACUAAGCCCAAACCAGAUGGGAUGGAGUAUCGCUGCAGACUGCUGUGGUAGCCAUGCUGGUUAAGUGUGCCUUGAAUUCUAAAUAAAUCACAGACAGUGUCACCAGCAAAGCACCCCCACACCAUAACACCUCCUCGUCCAUGCUUUACUGUGGGAACUACUCAUGCGGAGAUCAUCCGUUCACCCAAACCGCGUCUCACAAAGACACGGCGGUUGGAACCAAAGAUCUCAAAUUUGGACUCCAGACCAAAGGACAAAUUUCCUCUGGUCUAAUGUCCAUUGCUCGUGUUUCUUGGCCCAAGCAGGUCUCUUCUUCUAAUUGGUGUCCUUUAGUAGUGGUUUCUUUGCAGCAAUUCGACCAUGAAGACCUGACUCACACAGUCCCCACUGAAUAGUUGAUGUUGAGAUGUGUCUGUGACUUGAACUCUGUGAAGCAUUUAUUUGGGCUGCAAUUUCUGAGGCUGGUAACUCUAAUUAACUUAUCCUCUGCAACAGAGGUAACUCUGGGUCUUCCAUUCCUGUGGCGGUCCUCAUGAGAGCCAGUUUCAUCAUAGCGCUUGAUGGUUUUUGCGACUGCACUUGAAGAAACUUUCAAAGUUCUUGAAAUGUUCCGUAUUGACUGACCUUCAGGUCUUAAAGUAAUGAUGGACUGUCGUUUCUCUUUUCUUAUUUGAGCUGUUCUUGCCAUAAUAUGGACUUGAUCUGUUACCAAAUAGGGCUAUCUUCUGUAUACCCCCCCCCCCUACCUUGUCACAACACAACUGAUUGGCUCAAACGCAUUAAGAAGGAAAGAAAUUCCACAAAUUAACUUUUAAGAAGGCACACCUGUUAAUUGAAAUGCAUUCCAUGUGACUACCUCAUGAAGCAGGUUGAGAGAAUGCCAAGAGUGUGCAAAGCUGUCAUCAAGGCAAAGGGUGGCUAUUUGAAGAAUCUCGAAUAAAAAAUAUAUUUUGAUUUGUUUAACACUCUUUUGCUUACUACAUGAUUCCAUAUGUGUUACUUCAUAGUUUUGAUGUCUUCACUAUUAUUCUACAAUAUAAAGAAUAGUAAAAAUAAAGAAAAACCCUUGAAAGAGUAGGUGUGUCCAAACUUUUGACUGGUAUUGUAUGUCUGCUGCAGAGGGACAAGAGGGAGCCCCCCCCCCCCCCCCCCCCCCCCCCCCUCGCCCCAUCACUAGUUUUAGCCCAAUGCGAGGAGACUGGAGAUUUGGCUUUAAAGCUGGCUUGGGAGUAGGCUUUUUACACUACACUAACAAGUCUCUCUUUAUCUCGGUACUGUACUUCAGUACAGUAGUUGAGUAUUUGCAUGUCAAAUUACUAUGACAGUAAUGGAUGACAGGGAGUGUUUUUAAUAUGCAACACAUAAAAGGCCUGCGCUCUUGGGAGAGACCAGCUGUUUCCACCAUGCCCCCUAAUUAGGAGCUCCUAAGCUGUGUGUUGUGUGUGUGUGUGUGUGUGUGUGUGUGUGUGUGCUAUUUGGUGUGUAAAUGAAUGAGAGCGAACCAGAUCCGUGUUCAAAUACAUUGUUAUCUAAGUAUUUGUUAUUUAAAUACUUAUAUUCUGUGUAUUUUGAGUGUUUUCUAAUGUGGUGCUGAAUCAACUACCUCUAUUAGAAGUAUUUGACAGUAUUUUUCAAAUAAUUUCCUAUAAAUAGCCUGCUAUUUGAAACUAUUUUCAAAUACUUAUUUCUAAAUACAUUAUUUCAAAUAACCCUAGGACCAAACAGACCUGGAUUAAAAUGCCUUUGAGUAUUUGAAUAUUUGUAUUUGAAAAUACACUUGUCUGUGUAUUUGAGUAUUUUCAAAUACAUGCCGAUACUUUCCAAGUGUAUUUCCAAAUACAUUAUAAUAUUUCGCUACUUGUAUCUUCAAAGAAACAAUAUGGAAAUUCUUACUUUGAGAUAUAUUUAUAAGUAAUUAAAAUAAUUGAAAUAGUAUUUGAACCCAGGUCUGGAGAGAACACACACUACCUAGUGGCAGAUGACAGAAGCUUGCCUCUUUGUCAUAGAUGUCAGUCACACAAAGCCUGUCCCCAUGUUCCUCUGCAUGUCAGCUGCAGAGCCCUGGGCCAUACUCCCUUUAGUAGUUUCUUUGUUCACACAUUUAACAACACAUUCAUACCCCUUGACUUAUUCAACAUGUUGUUGUGUUUCAGUCUGCAUUCAAAAUGGAUAAAAAAAAAAAAAAAAAACAUCUACAUGUUUUUUGACAUUUUUGCAAAUUUAUUGAAAAUGAAAUACAGAAAUAUCUAAUUGACAUAAGUAUUCACACCCCUGAGGCAAUACAUGUUAGAAUCACCUUUUGGCAGUGAUUUUACAGCUGUCUUUCUGGGUAAGUCUCUAAGAGAUUUGCACACCUGGCUUGUACAAUAUUUGCACAUUAUUAUUUUUACAAUUCUUCAAGCUCCAUCAAGUUGGUUGUUGAUCAUUGCUAGACAGCCAUUUUCAAGUCUUGCCAUAGGUUUUCAAGCAGAUUUAAGUCAAAACUGCAACUAGGAACAUUCAAUGUCAUCCUGGUAAGAAACUCCAGUGUAUAUUUGGCCUUUUGUUUUAGCUUAUUGUCCUGCUGAAAGGUGAAUUUGUCUCCCAGUGUCUGUUGGAAAGCAAACUGAACCAGGUUUUUCUCUAGGAUUCUGCCUGUGCUUAGCUCUAUUCCAUUUAUUUUUAUCCCCCCAAAAUCUCCCUAGUCCUUGCCAAUGAGAAGCAUACCCAUAACAUGAUGCAGCCACCACCAUGCUUAAAAAUAUGAAGAGUGGUACUCAGUGACGUGUUGUAGGAUUUGCCCCAAACAUAACGCUUUGUAUUCAGGACAUAAAGCUAAUUUCUUAGCCAAAUUCUUUGCAGUUUUACUUUAGUGCCUUAUUGCAAACAGGAUGCAUGUUUUGGAAUAUUUUUAAUUCUGUACAGGCUUCCUUCUUUUCACUGUCAUUUUAGUUUAUGAUUGUAGAGUAACUACAAUUUUGGAUCAAUUUUGUUGAUCCAUCCUCACAGCCAUUAAACUCUAACUGUUUAAAGUCACCAUUGGCCUCAUGGUGAAAUCCCUUAGCGGUAUUCUUCCCUCUCCUGCAACUGAGUUAGGAAGGACGCUAGUAUCUUUGUACUGACUGGGUGUAUUGACACACCAUCAAAAGUGUAAUUAAUAACUUCACCAUGCUCAAAGGGAUAUUCAAUGUCUGCUUUUUACAUUUUUACCCAUCUACCAAUCGGUGCCCUUCUUUGCGAGGCAUUGGAAAACCUCCCUGGUCUUUGUGGAUGAAAUUCACUGCUCGACUGAGGGACCUUUACAGAUAAUUGUAUGUGUGGGGUACAGAGAUGAGGAAGUAAUUCAAAAAUCAUGUUAAACACUAUUAUUGCAACUUAUGUGACUUGUUAAGCAAAGUUUGACUCCUGAACGUAUUUAGGCUUGCCAUAACAAAGGGGUUGAAUACUUAUUGACUCGAGAAAUUUCAGCCUUUCAGUUUUAAUUAAUUUGUAAAAGAUAAAAUAAAAAACAUAAUUCCACUUUGACAUUAUGGGGUUGUGUGUGUGUGUUAGGCCAGUGAGACACAAUCUCAAAUUUUCUGGGAGAAAAAGUAAAGGAGUGUUAAUACUUUCUGAAGGCACUGUAUUGUGUUUCCAUAAGCAAAUCGUCUUGUUAAAGGGAUACUUCGGGAUUUUGACGAGGCCCUUUAUCUACCUCCCCUGAGUCAGAUGCGUAAAGUUUGAAGGAAGUUGCUAACUAGCGCAAGCGCAAUUGCUAAUUAGCAUUAGUGCAAUGACUGGAAGCAGAUACCCAUAGACUUCCAGUCAUUGUGCUAACACCUGUUAGCAUUGGCUCGCAAAACUACCUCUAACUUACUUCAUACUGGACACAGAGACAGGUGUCACUGAGUUUUUUGCCUUGGGCAUCUAGAGCAUUAUUGAGAACUGGUUCUCAACUGACUCACCUGGUUAAAUAAACGCUAAAUUAGCUGCACAAAAAAGAAUAAGCUUCAUGUAGAUAGGUCCAAAAUGAAAGGCAAAUAUCACCCCAAAAAAUGAGGUAUGGGCCCAAAACAAUAAAGAUUGUAUCUUAGUUGAAGUAUAACCAAUGUUGUGUGGUUUCAGCUGGGUGAGGAAGAAACACCCUGCCACAGAGCCUCUGGUGCCCAUGCCCCCCAGCGCUGACCGGAGGGACGCAUGGCGUAGCAUGACCGUACUGCCCUACCUGGAGCACCUGCACGGCUACGCCGACCAGGACGACGAGGAUGACGACCAGCUCUUCUACGGAGACGGAGAGAUCAUCUACUCUCAGGGUUUCACUAUGACAGGUGAGAGAUGGAGGGAUAGAGAUCGAUCGAGAAAUGGAGUAGAAUCUUUAUGAGUUCCGAACUUUACUUUACUUUACAGCUGGUAGGCAGGUAAGGUACAUACAACAAACAAUAUAAAUACAGUAUGUUAUGUUAUUGUUACAACAGGGUUAUGUAGGGGUUGGUGGAGGCUUCAAGUAAAGUGUUCCCAACAGUAGUGUCAGCUGUGCAUUACAUCAAUGAGUAUAUUAAACAUCUAUGUGUUUGGGGAAAAGAAGCAGGAAAUCAGAGAAAGUAGAAUGUAUCAAACAUUUAACACCACAUCAAACAGCCGUGUUGCGUUAGCUGUAGCUAUUUUCUGCUUACAUCACUCUAGACAUGCUAUUAAUUUCCCAACAUUUUUCACCUGAAAGGAGGAAUACAGUUAAUGAAGUACCUCCACCCCAUCUCUACUUCCUUCCACUCUAAUAAUUCAAAUUCACUUUCAUGUUAUUAUAAGUAUUAGUAUAGUUUUUCUUUCCAGAAUGCGUUAUUAGAUCAACCACUCAGAACAGAAUGGAAGUGAACAACCUAACAUCUCAUGAACAAAUACAAACAAAAUACUGUUUGACAUAUUUUGAGUUAUGUAAUCAAGUUAAAGCUGCCAUAUGCAAAAAUUUUGGGCGACUGACCAAAUUCACACAGAAAUAUGUGUUAUAGAUCUGUAAUACUCAUUGAAAGCAAGUCUAAGAAGCAGUAGAUCGGUUCUAUGUGUACUAUUUCUAUGCUUCCCGUUAAGUUUGUUUUUGCGUCUUUUCCUUUCGGUUUUGUACACCAGCUUCAAACAGCUGAAAAUACAAUAACUUUGGUUAUGGCAAAAAAUAUUUCACAGCGGUUUAGAUGGUACAAUUAUUCUCUACACUAUAGUUGCUUGUUUUGCCACAAACUGGAAUUAGGCGAACUAUUAGAAUCUUUGCAACCAGGAAAUGGCGAAGCGAUUUAUGCGUAGUGCACCUUUUAAUAUUUGAAAUGGUUUCUUUAGUAAGAGAUGGCAGAUGCUUUUGACAAAAUAUUUUGUAAAAGGAUUUACAUUUGUAUUGUCCAUGUCUCAGUUUUAAUUUCUUUGAAUUGGUUUGAGUUAAAUUCUACUUCCUUUAAUUAAAAUUCUGCUUCCUCUGGGGUGUGGCCAUUUCAAAUUUAAAUUAAUGGGUUGAAUUUAAUUAAAUUCUGAAUUGACCCCAACCAUGACACACACACCACCCUCCAACUACAUGUCUCUGUGUCAGCCACCUUUGUUCUUGUCACAAACACACAGACACACACAGGGGAAGAAGUGGCUUCUCUCCAGCCUGAUUAGUAAUUCAGUCAUCUCUGGCUAGACUAGACGGUAAUGGGAGGUGAUUGUCUGGGACUGUGGAUUUACCUCUGUUCUGUCGCCAUUUGGUUUUUCCUCUUGUCCUCCCCUGUUUGUCUCUUUCAUAAUAAUCUUAUGUAACCAGUAGCCAGACCCUUAUCUAGUGCAGGAGAGGAGACCGUCAGGUCUGGUGGAGCCAAGGGGAUACUGCUGACAUUGUGCACUGCACUACGACCUACUAAGGACCCACACCAUGACACUAAUGUCAAUGUUUUGUGGAGUUUUUAUGACAAAAACACUGUUUGGCAUGGAUGCACAAGUCUUUUAAUCCUUUGUCAGUUAGCCUAGAUGGCAGUAUGUCAUCACCACACCACUACAGUGUUAUGUAAUUUGUCAUGCGUCAGAGGCCACUUACGUCCUCUUAUGAAAGUCUUACUCAUUUCUCCCUGAACUUCUUUCCUUCAAAUAAAAUUAAAUAAAAUUGUAUUUGUCACAUGCGCCGAAUAGGCUUAACUGUGAAAUGCUUACUUACGAGCCCUUUCCCAACAAUGCAGUUAAAAAGUAAGAACAGUUACAAAUCAAUAAAAUGAAAAUAGUAACACAAUAAAAUAACAAUAACCAGGCUAUAUAAAAGGAGGACCGGUACCGAAUCAGUGUACUGGGGUAGGAGGUAGUUGGGGUGAUUGAUUGAGGUAAUAAGUACAUGUAGGUUUGGUUAGGUGAUUGAUUGAUUGAUUGAUUGAUUGAUUGAUUGAUUAAAGUACUAUGUAGGUAGGGGGUGAAAAGCAGAAAGUCCAGUUAGCCGUUUGAUUAACUGUUCAGCAAUCUUAUGGCUUUGGGGUAGAAGCCUUUUGGUACCAGACUUGGCUCGCCGGUACCACUUGCCGUGCGGUAGCAGAGAGAACAGAAUGACUUUGACUAUUUUUUGGGCUUCCUCUGACACCGCCUCCUAUAGAGGUCCUGGAUGGCAGGGAGCUUGGCACCAGUGAUGUACUGGGCCGUACGCACUACCCUCUGUAGCGCCUUGCGGUCGGACGCCAAGCAGUUGCCAAAUAUUUUCAGACUCCCGAGGGGGAAGAAGCGUUGUCGUGCCCUCUUCACGACUGUGUUGGUGUGUUUAGACCAUGAUUGGUCCUUAGUGAUGUGGACACGGAGGAACUUGAAGCUCUCGACUGUCUCCACUACAGCCCCAUCGAUGUGAAUGGGGGUGUGCUCGGCCCUUCGUUUCCUGUAGUCCACGAUAAGCUCCUUUGUCUUGCUGGUGUUGAGGGAGAGGUUGUUGUCCUGGCAUCACACUGCCAGGUCUGAUACCUCCUACCUGUAGGCUGUCCCAUCGUCGUCAGUGAUCAGGCCUACCAAAUCAAAUCAAAUGUUAUUGGUCACAUACAUGUAUUUAGCAGAUGUUAUUGCGGGUGUAGCGAAAAGCUUGUGCUUCUAGCUCCGACAGUGCAGUAAUAUCUAACAAGUAAUAUCUAACAAUUUCAAAACAUAUACCCAAUACACACAAAUCUAAGUAAGGAAUGAAUUAAGAGUACAUAUAUACAUAAACACAGCAAAAAAAGAAACAUCCCUUUUUCAGGACCCUGUCUUUCAAAGAUAAUUAGUAAAAAUCCAAAUAACUUCACAGAUCUUCAUUGUAAAGGGUUUAAACACUGUUUCCCAUGCUUGUUCAAUGAACCAUAAACAAUUAAUGAACAUGCACCUGUGGAACGGUAGUUAAGACACUAACAGCUUACAGACGGUAGGCAAUUAAGGUCACAGUUAUGAAGACUUAGGACACUAAAGAGGCCUUUCUACUGACUCUGAAAAACACCAAAAGAAAGAUUCCCAGGGUCCCUGCUCAUCUGCGUGAACGUGCCUUAGGCAUGCUGUAAGGAGGCAUGAGGACUGCAGAUGUGGCCAGGGCAAUAAAUUGCAAUGUCCGUACUGUGAGACGCCUAAGACAGCGCUACAGGGAGACAGGACGGACAGCUGAUCAUCCUCGCAGUGGCAGACCACGUGGAACAACACCUGCACAGGAUCGGUACAUCCGGACAUCACACCUGCGGGACAGGUACAGGAUGGCAACAACAACUGCCCGAGUUACACCAGGAACGCACAAUCCCUCCAUCAGUGCUCAGACUUUCCGCAAUAGGCUGAGAGAGGCUGGACUGAGGGCUUGUAGGCCUGUUGUAAGGCAGGUCCUCACCAGACAUCACCGGCAACAACGUCGCAUUUGGGCACAAACCCACCGUCGCUGGACCAGACAGGACUGGCAAAAAGUGCUCUUCACUAACGAGUCGCAGUUUUGUCUCACCAGGGGUGAUAGUCGGAUUUGCGUUUAUCGUCGAAGGAAUGAGCAUUACACCGAGGCCUGUACUCUGGAGCGGGAUUGAUUUGGAGGUGGAGAGCCGUCAAGGUCUCGGGCGGUGUGUCACAGCAUCAUCGGACUGAGCUUGUUGUCAUUGCAGGCAAUCUCAACGCUGUGCGUUACAGGGAAGACAUCCUCCUCCCUCAUGUGGUACCCUUCCUGCAGGCUCAUCCUGACAUGACCCUCCAGCAUGACAAUGCCACCAGCCAUACUGCUCGUUCUGUGCGUGAUUUCCUGCAAUACAGGAAUGUCAGUGUUCUGCCAUGGCCAGCGAAGAGCCCGGAUCUCAAUCCCAUUGAGCACGUCUGGGACCUGUUGGAUCGGAGGGUGAGGGCUAGGGCCAUUCCCCCCCCCAGAAAUGUCAGGGAACUUGCAGGUGCCUUGGUGGAAGUGUGGGGUAAAAUCUCACAGCAAUAACUGGCAAAUCUGGUGCAGUCCAUGAGGAGGAGAUGCACUGCAGUACUUAAUGCAGCUGGUGGCCACACCAGAUACUGACUGUUACUUUUGAUUUCGAUCCCCCCCCCCCCCCCACCCCCCUUUGUUCAGGGACACAUUACUCCAUUUCUGUUAGUCACAUGUCUGUGGAACUUCAGUUUAUGUCUCAGUUGUUUAAUCUUGUUAUGUUCAUACAAAUAUUUACACAUGUUAAGUUUGCUCAAAAUAAACGCAGUUGACAGUGAGAGGACGUUUCUUUUUUUGCUGAGUUUAUAUGGACGAGUGAUGUCAGAGCGGCAUGGACUAAGAUACAGUAUAUACAUAUGAGAUGAGUAAUGCAAGAUAUGUAAACAUUAUUAAAGUGGCUAAGAUUCCGUAGAAUAGUAUAGAAUACAGUAGAUACAUAUGAGAUGAGUAAUGCAAGAUAUGUAAACAUUAUUAAAGUGGCUAGUGUUCCAUUUCUUAAAGUGGUCAGUGAUUUCUAGUCUAUGUCUAUAGGCAGCAGCCUCUAAUGUGCUAGUGAUGGCUGUUUAACAGUUUUUCAGUCUCUCGGUCCCAGCUUUGAUGCAUCUGUACUGACCUCACCUUCUGGAUGAUUGCGGAGUGAACAGGCAGUGGCUCGGUUGGUUGAUGUCCUAGAUGAUCUUUUUGGCCUUCCUGUGACAUCAGGUGCUGUAGGUGUCCUGGAGGAUGGGUAGUUUGCCCCCGGUAUUGCGUUGUGCGGACCACACCACCCUCUCGAGAGCCUUGCGGUUUUGGGCGGUGCAGUUGCCGUACCAGGCGGUGAUACAGCCCGACACGAUGCUCUCAAUUGUGCAUCUGUAAAAGUUUGUGAGGGUUUUAGGUGCCAAGCCAAAUGUCUUUAGCCUCCUGAGGUUGAAGAGGCUCUGUUGAGCCCUCUUCACCACACUGUCUGUGUGGGUGGUCCAUUUUCAGUUUGUCAAUGAUGUGUACGCCAAGGAACUUUAAGAUUUCCACCUUCUCCAAUGCGGUUCCGUCGAUGUGGAUAGGGGGGUGCACCCUCUGCUGUUUCCUGAAGUCCACGAUCAUCUCCUUUGUUUUGUUGACGUUGAGUGAGAGGUUAUUUUCCUGGCACCACACUCCAAGAGCCCUCGAGUCAUUGUUGGUAAUCAGGCCUACUACUGUUGUGUCGUCUGCAAACUUGAUGAUUUGAGUUGGCAGCAUGCUUGGCCACGCAGUCAUGGGUGAACAGGGAGUACAGGAGUGGGCUGAGUACGCACCCUUGUGGGGCCCCAGUGUUGAGGAUCAGCAAAGUGGAGGUGUUGUUUCCUACCUUCACCACCUGGGGUCGGCCCGUCAGGAAGUCCAGGACCCAGUUGCACAGGGCGGGGUUCAGACCCAGGGCCUCGAGCUUAAUGAUGAGCUUGGAGGGUACUAUGGUGUUGAAUGCUGAGCUAUAAUCAAUGAACAGCAUUCUUACAUAGGUAUUCCUCUUGUCCAGAUGGGAUAGGGCAGAGUGAUGGCGAUUGCAUCGUCUGUGGAUCUAUUGGGGCAGUAAGCAAAUUGAAGUGGGUCUAGGGUGACAGGUAAGGUAGAGGUGAUAUGAUCCUUGACUAAUCUCUCAAAGCACUUCAUGAUGACAGAGAUGAGUGCUACGGGGCGACAGUCAUUUUGUUCAGUUACCUUUACUUUCUUGGAUACAGGAACAAUGGUGGCCAUCUUGAAGCAUGUGGGGACAGCAGACUGGGAUAGGGAGAGAUUGAAUAUGUCCGUAAACACACCAGCCAGCUGGUCUGCGCAUGCUCUAAGAACGCGGCUAGGGAUGCCGUCUGGGCCGGCAGCCUUGCGAGGGUUAACAUGUUUAAAUGUUUUACUCACGUCGGGCUGCGUCGGUGGCACUGUGUUAUCCUCAAAGCGGGUGAAGAAGGUGUUUUAGCUUGUCCGGAAGCAAGACGUCGGUCUUGCCGACGUGGCUGGUUUUCCUUUUGUAGUCCGUGAUUGUCUGUAGACCCUGCCACAUACAUCUCGUGUCCAUCCACGGUUUCUGGUUAGGGUAAGUUUUAAUAGUCACAGUUGGUACGACAUCUCCUAUACACUUCCUGUUAUACUCAGUUACCGUAUCAGUGUUUUCGUCGCAAGCUACCCGGAACAUAUCCCAGUCCGCGUGAUCAAAACAAUCUUGAAGCGUGGAUUCCGAUUGGUCAGACCAGCGUUGAGUAGUCCUUAACAUGGGUACUUCCUGUUUGAGUUUCUGCCUAUAGGAAGGGAGAAGCAAAAUGUAGUUGUGGUCAGAUUUGCCGAAAGGAGGACGGGGGAGGGCCUUGUAAGCAUCGCGGAAGUUUGAAUAACAGUGGUCCAGAGUUUUAGCAGCGCGAGUACUACAGUCAAUAUGUUGAUAGAACUUCGGCAGCCUUGUCCUCAAAUUUGCUUUGUUAAAAUCCCCAGCUACAAUAAAUGCAGCCUCAGGAUAUGUGUUUCCAGUUUGCAUAAAGUCCAGUGAAGUUCUUUGAGGGCCGUCGUGGUAUCAGCUUGAGGGGGGAUGUAAACAGCUGUGGCUAUAACAGAGGAAAAUUAUCUUGGGAGAUAAUACGGUCUGCAUUUGAUGGUGAGGUAUUCUAGGUUGGAUGACCAAAAGGACUUGAGGUCCUGUAUGUUACCACAAUUACACCAUAAGUCGUUAAUCAUGAAACACACACAUCCGCCCUUCUGCUUCCCGGAGAGAUAUUUAUUCCUAUCUGCCCGAUGAACUGAGAAUCCCUCUGGCUGGACCGAUUCCGACAGAGUAUCCCGAGUUGCUUUGUUUCCGUGAGACAAAGUAUGUUACGGGCCCUGAUGUCUCCCUGCAAAGAAAUCCUUGCCCUGAGCUCAUCAACUUUGUUAUCCAAAGAAUUAACAUUAGCGAGUAAUAUAUACUCGGAAGCGGUGGGUGGUGUACGCGCCUCCUAAGUCGAACCAGCAGGCCGCCUCGAGUGCCUCUCCUCCACCGGCGAUGUUUUGAAUCGGCCUCUGGAAUCAGUUAAAUUGCUCUCAGGAGAACUAACAAAGGAUCUGAUUCGGGGAAGUCGUAUUCCUGGUCGUAAUGCUGGUAGUUCUGGUGAGUUACCGCCGCUCUGAUAUCCAAUACUUCUUCCCGGCUGUAUGUAAUGACAUAAAAUAUUUCCUGAGCUAAUAAUGUAAAAAAUAAUAUAUUGAAAAAAAUAUACAGCAUAGUUUCCGUCGGCGCCAUCUACUCAGCAUCUACCACCAUUGUGUCGUCAGCAAACUUGAUGAUGGUGUUGGAGUCAUGUGCGGCCACACAGUCGUUGGUGAACAGGGAGUACAGGAGGGGGCUAAGCACACACCCCUGAGGUUAGGUGAUUGAUUGGGUUUGAGGGUCAGCGCGGCGGAUGUGUUGUUGCCUAGCCUCACCACCCCGUCCAGUAUCAAAUUGCAGAGGGAGGUGUUUAAUCCUGGGGUCCUUAGUUUAGUGGUGAGCUUGGAGGGCACUAUGGUGUUGAACACUGAGCUAUUGUCAAUGAACAGCAUUCACACAUAGGUGUUAUUUUUGUCCGAAUGGGAAGUGUAGAGUACAAUAGAGAUUGCGUCACCUGUGAAUCUGUUGGGGCGAAAUGGGAAUUGGAGUGGGUCCAGGGUGUCUUGGAGGAUGGUGUUGAUGAAGCCAUGACCAGCAUUUCAUGGCUGCAGAUGUGAGUGCUACGGGGUGAUAGUCAUUUAGACAGGUUACCUUGGUGUUCUUUGGCACAGGGAUUAUGGUGGUCUGCUUGAAACAUGGGUAUUACAGACUGGGUCAGGGAGAGGUUGAAAAUGUCAGUGAAGACACUUGCUAGCUGGUCAGCGCAUGCUGAGUACGCGUCCUGGUAAUCCGUCUGGCCCUGUGGCCUUGUGAAUGUUAACCUGUUUAAAGGACUUACUCAUAUCGGCUAAGGAUAGCGUGAUCACACAGUCGUCCGGAACAGCUGGUGCUCUCAUACAUGGUUCAAUGUUGCUUGCGUCGAAACAAGCAUAGAAGGCAUUUAGCUCGUCUGGUAGGCUCGCGUCACUGGGCAGCUCGCGGCUCGGUUUCCCUUUGUGAUCAGUGAUAGUUUGCAAGCCCUGCCACAUCCGACGAGCAUCAGUGCCAGUGUAGUAGGAUUCGAUGUUAGUCUUGUAUUGACGCUUUGCCUGUUUGAUGGUUUGUCAGAUGGCGUAGCGUGAUUAUUUUUUAUUUGGAUUUGUGUCCUGCUCCUUGAAAGCGGCAGCUCUAGCAUUUAACUGAGUGCGGAUGUUGCCUGUAAUCCAUGGCUUCUGAUUAGGAUAUGUACAUACGGUCACUGUGGGGACUACGUCGUCAAUGCACUUAUUAAUGAAGCCGAUGACUGAUGUGAUAAACUCCUCAAGGCCAUCGGAUGAAUCCCGGAACAUAUUCCAAUCUGUGCUAGAGAAACAGUCCUGUAGCUUAGCGUCCACUUCAUCGGACCACUUCAGAAUUGAGCGCAUCGCUGGUACUUCCUAUUUGAGUUUUUGCUUGUAAGCAGGAAUUAAGAGGAUGGAGUUAUGGUCAGAUUUGCCAACUGGAGGGCGAGGGAGAGCUUUGUAUGCGUCUCUGUGUGUGGAGUGAAGGUGAUCUAGAGUUUUUUUUCGCCUCUAGUUGCACAGGAGACAUGCUGGUAGAAAUUAUUUCAGUUUUCCUGCAUUAAAAUCCGCAGCGCUGCAUCUGGGUGAGCAUUUUCUUGUUUGCUUGUGGCCUUAUACAGCUCGUUGGGUACUCUAUUAGUGCCAGCAUUGGUUUGUGGUGGUAAAUAGACAGCUACAAAAAUAGUAAAUUGGUAAAUGGUGUGGUCUACAGCUUAUCAUGAGGUAUUCUACCUCAGGCGAGCAGAACCUCGAGGCUAUCUUAAUAUUAGAGAUCGCUCACCAACUGUUGUUGACAAUUAGAUACAUCCCCCCUCCCCUCAGUUUACCGGACGCAGCUGUUCUGUCCUGCCGAUGUAUAGAAAAACCAGCUAGAUUUAUACAGUGGGGGAAAAAAGUAUUUAGUAUGCCACCAAUUGUGCAAGUUCUCCCACUUAAAAACAUGAGAGAGGCCUGUAAUUUUCAUCAUAGGUACACGUCAACUAUGACAGACAAAAUGAGAAAAAAAUAUCCAGAAAAUCACAUUGUAGAAUUUUUUAUGAAUUUAUUUGCAAAUUAUGGUGGAAAAUAAGUAUUUGGUCACCUACAAACAAGCAAGAUUUCUGGCUCUCACAGACCUGUAACUUCUUCUUUAAGAGGCUCCUCUGUCCUCCACUCGUUACCUGUAUUAAUGGCACCUGUUUGAACUUGUUAUCAGUAUAAAAGACACCUGUCCACAACCUCAAACAGUCACACUCCAAACUCCACUAUGGCCAAGACCAAAGAGCUGUCAAAGGACACCAGAAACAAAAUUGUAGACCUGCACCAGGCUGGGAAGACUGAAUCUGCAAUAGGUAAGCAGCUUGGUUUGAAGAAAUCAACUGUGGGAGCAAUUAUUAGGAAAUGGAAGACAUACAAGACCACUGAUAAUCUCCCUCGAUCUGGGGCUCCACGCAAGAUCUCACCCCUUGGGGUCAAAAUGGUCACAAGAACAGUGAGCAAAAAUCCCAGAACCACAUGUGGGGACCUAGUGAAUGACCUGCAGAGAGCUGGGCAGGGGCGGUGUGUUCAUUAGGGCGAUAUGGGCGACGCACUGCCAAACGGGAAAAGGAAGGGAUUUUUUUUCUAAUCAAUUAUAUCACGGCAACAGUAGUUAUCAGUGUUCUAAUCUAGACGUCUGAUCUGCCACUAAAUGUCCAAUCAGGCUAAAGUCGUGCUUCAAAUGGCCCCGCCCCUUUUGGGGCGAUUUCAGUCAGGUUGAAAAUCGCCCAGAAGUAUCUCAUAGCCUGUCAUGUAAAAUCUUUUUUUUUCAAAUAUCAGAGCUUUCAAUACAAUCUCUAUGGGUUUCUGAGGGCUUGCACUUACGCGCUUUCGUCAUACGUAACAUAACCAUGAACGUAACUAAGAAAAGAGCGGGUAGCAGCGUCAAUCAAUUCACGUACUACUAUCAAGAUGGCUAGCCUUCAGUGCAACUCGAUUGUCUCUUUGAAAGAAGUUCACAUCAAAGACCAUUCAAAACGAGCUACUGGAGUGUAUGCUAGCGGUCAUGAGGGAACAUAUUGUGGAGGAGGUGAAGUCGGCGAACUUCGUAGCUAUCCAAGCUGACGAGACCACGGACGUUUCUACACAGACACAGCUGGUGCUUGUGCUGAGGUACAUAGAUAGCAACCACAAAGUGCAGGAGCGCUUUUUUGAGUUCCUUCCCAUCUCGGAAUCAACCUCAGUCUCAAUCGCCAGUGUGCUUUUGGAGAGACUGAACAGUCUUUUUGCCGACGACGAGAAAGUCAAACUGUGGUGCACUGGCACUGUACCAGGUUCUCAUGAGCUACAACCUCCAGGAGACAUUCUCUGAGACUGUGACUCUGUUGAACAUCCUCAUAACUACUCCCAUGACAACAGCUGAAGCUGAGAGAUGUUUCUCAACUUUGACACGAGUUAAGACAUUCCUGCGAAAUUCAAUGGGCCAGGAACGUCUGAAUGCACUGGCCAUGCUUUCCAUGGAGAGUGAACUAAAUCCUCAGCAUGCCUGAUUUCAAUGAGAAAGUCAUUGACCGCUUUGCUGCAUUGAAAGAGAGAAGAGAACAGUUUCAGUACAAGUAAUGUAGCCUCUCUCUCUCUUUGUCCCUCCCUGUCUGUCUCUUUAACACACACACGCCCAAAUCAGUUCACAGUUGAUGUUGUUUAAAAUAGUUAUUUUUCAUUUAAAAAAAAGUAAAAAAAUAAUAAUAAUCUGUUAAUGUUCAUUUUUACAAAUCUAUACAAUUGGCCAGAAUAUGGUUGUUCAUAUUUACAAAUCUAUACAAUUGGCCAGAAUAUGGUUGUUCAUUUUUACAAAGCCAUACAGAUAGCUGUGUUUACCUUUUCUAGAAAUUAUUUUCAAAUUCUGUUUUCAGGCAAAAUGUCUCACUGUUCAUUUUCACAAAUCUAUACAAGAGGGCAGAAUAUGGAAGUCUAUAAAAAUUUCUUAUUACCAAUAACUUGCAUCAAUGUUUUCAGUAGCCUCUAUCAAAAGCUCCUGCUAGCUUGUUGUGAAUUAUGCUCAGGUGCACAUAUUUCCAAUUCAACCAUGAGGCAAAAAAUGUGGUAAAAGCUCUUGUUGAUCCUGCAAUCUGAACAAAUACCAAGAUGCUGUAUUUUCAGCUGAUAUUUCAUUUGUUUAUGGAAAUGCAUAUUGUUUAUGCAGUGUUGAGGAAUGUGAAAGAACACCCUUGAUUAUUUUUACUGUGAUAACUUAUUUUGCUUUUGUAAGCCAACACUUUUGAGAUCAGUCAAUAAAUGCUUCUGGCAUUGACUUAUAUGCUGCCCCUGUCUUCAUGUUGUUGCUGGACAUAUCUUUUUUUAAAUGUGUGUAGGUCACCUAAAUCAUCAGAAAAAUUGCCCCCCCUGAGAAUUUUUUCAGGAGCCGCCACUGGAGCUGGGACCAAAGUAACAAAGCCUACCAUCAGUAACACACUACGCCGCCAGGGACUCAAAUCCUGCAGUGCCAGACGUGUCCCCCUGUUUAAGCCAGUACAUGUCCAGGCCCGUCUGAAGUUUGCUAGAGUGCAUUUGAAUGAUCCAGAAGAGGAUUGGGAGAAUGUCAUAUGGUCAGAUGAAACCAAAAUAGAACUUUUUGGUAAAAACUCAACUCGUCGUGUUUGGAGGACAAAGAAUGCUGAGUUGCAUCCAAAGAACACCAUACCUACUGUGAAGCAUGGGGGUGGAAACAUCAUGCUUUGGGGCUGUUUUUCUGCUAAGGGACCAGGACGACUGAUCCGUGUAAAGGAAAGAAUGAAUGGGGCCAUGUAUCAUGAGAUUUUGAGUGAAAACCUCCUUCCAUCAGCAAGGGCAUUGAAGAUGAAACGUGGCUGGGUCUUUCAGCAUGACAAUGAUCCCAAACACACCGCCCGGGCAACGAAGGAGUGGCUUCGUAAGAAGCAUUUCAAGGUCCUGGAGUGGCCUAGCCAGUCUCCAGAUCUCAACCCCAUAGAAAAUCUUUGGAGGGAGUUGAAAGUCCGUGUUGCCCAGCGACAGCCCCAAAACAUCACUGCUCUAGAAGAGAUCUGCAUGGAGGAAUGGGCCAAAAUACCAGCAACAGUGUGUGAAAACCUUGUGAAGACUUACAGAAAACGUUUGACCUGUGUCAUUGCCAACAAAGGGUAUAUAACAAAGUAUUGAGAAACUUUUGUUAUUGACCAAAUACUUAUUUUCCACCAUAAUUUGCAAAUAAAUUCAUUAAAAAUCCUACAAUGUAAUUUUCAGGAUUUUUUUUUCUUCUAAUUUUGUCUGUCAUAGUUGACGUGUACCUAUGAUGAAAAUUACAGGCCUCUCUCAUCUUUUUAAGUGGGAGAACUUGCACAAUUGGUGGCUGACUAAAUACUUUUUUUCCCCACUGUAUGUUCCCAUGUCCUUGUUCAGCCACGACUCUGAAACAUAGGAUAUUACAGUUCUUCAGAUCACGUUGAUAGGAUAGUCUCGAACAGAGCUCAUCCAGUUUAUUUUCCAAUGAUUGCACGUUCGCCAAUAGAAAGGAGGGUAAUGACAACUUAUCUACUCACCAUCGCAGUCUCCUUAGAUAUCCCGCACGCCGACCUCUAUAGCACAAAUCGAGGUUAGUAAUCGCUGUUUUGAUGUCCAGAUGCACUUUUUGGUCAUAUGAAACAAUGGGCUUUUUUGGGGGGGGAUCAGCGUAAGAAAACCACACAAAAUAACACAAUUGGUCAGGAGCCCGUAAAACGGUGGCCAUCCCCUCUUGCGCCAUUAUUUAAUUAGAUCAGGACUCAACAACCCUGUUCCUGGAGAGCUACCCUCCUGUGGGUGCGUGUGUUGUGUGAGUGCACACGUGUGUGUGUGUGUGUGUGUGUGUGUGUGUGUGUGUGUCCAUCUCUCCAGAAGAUCUGAUCAGUCAGUCUGUCUAUCUGUGAUUGCAUCAGCCCAGUGAGUCUGUGGGCUGGCUGCUACUAUGGACCAGUGCGUCACUUUGCCCAGGCUGAGAUUAGUGAUUGGACAAGGUCAGAGCUGAGAGUAGUCUGGAGGAGGAGGGAGCAGAUUAAGUUGAGUACCUCAGGCUCAGAGAAUGUCCAUGGACUUGGUCAUUGGGUUCAUUUCUACUUUCCAUGGUAGAACUCAUUUCUUUCUCUCUCCGUAACGUACUGUAAUACAGGUGCUAUGAUGUGUUUGUCUGGAAUUUCACAUUUGUAUAAAGUAUUGAUGUAUUUGUUAUGUUUUGCAUUUGAGGACAUUGGUUUAGCAUUGGUCAUUUCUCACAUUCUAACAUAGUUUGAUGUCAUAGUUAUGUAGUAUAGUAGUAGCUAAUGCCUGAAGGUAGACUUGUAUUGGCUGUAUCUUACUCAUUUUGUAACAUAAGGUGCUAGAAGCGCUCAAUAUGUUCUCGCCUGCCUCUGCUAAUUACUGUGCUAAUUACUGCAUGCUGUUGGUGUCAUGGCUCUGGUUACAGACACAGUAUAGUCAUUCUUGGCCCACUGUUAAAGCCCUAGGCACCGGGUGUGAUGUAGGAUACAUUACACACUAUGUAUUUCAAGGCUAUAGCCACCUAUGUGUUUCACAGCCUCAAAGCGACAGGGAUCCCGUAUUGAAUUAAUACAAAAAGCCCAUCAGGCAUUUUAUAUCAAAAGAUAAGAUGGAAACAGUGAAGAUUAGAUUAGAUUCCUAGAUGCCAUACAAUCUGAAAUCAGAUUUUUCCUGUGUCCCUGUAAUCUUCUGAUUUGUUCUCUGAUAGCAGUACAUUUGAUAGAUGCCAUGAUAAGACCACACAGCUACUUGCCUGUUUUUAAUGACUCAUUCUAGUAUGGGUUGGUUUUGGGUUAAUGUUUUACUUUUUCCUAUUGACUGCAGUGAUUAGCCUACCUGAGUCAUAAUAUAGAAGAUUGCCCAAACUGCCUCCUCUCUUAUAACCUCUGUGAAGUUCAAAACACUAAUUCAGUCAUUCCUAGUCAUUCUGUCUUCUUUAUUAGAGAUAAGAAGUGAUGGAAAUUGUUUUCAUUAGCCUUUUAUUAUAUUGGCUUUGAAGGAGAUUACAUUAUGCAUCUUUCCACAAUAGAGUUUUAUGGGCUUGUUUGAACUGUGAUGAUGCUUCCAAUCGGUCCAGACCCAAUUACAUGAGGACAACAUGCAGAGAGACUAUCCAUCAGUCUUUUCUUUUUUCCUUCAAUUCACUAUUUCCUGGCAGUCUUUUAUUAAGUAAUUUGUCUGCAGUGGCUUCUUGUGCAUUGUGUGUUGCCAAUUUAAAGUUAACCUCUUAAAUGUAUGGGGACCCUAUUAGAUUUGUUUAAUUCAAUUCAGUCUGGUAUGAGAACGGUAUCCCCUAUCUGCAAAAGCAGGGUGUCUGCGAAAAGCUGAGUAUCUUGGCUAUUUACCCGUGCCUUAAAAUCUUUGGUGUGACUUACUACCAUAUAUGGGCAUACGAAUGUAUAAGGACAGGCCAGCCGAUUACCUAAUUUCAAGUUGGCUGCUACCUACAUUCCGGUUAGCGUUGUGUAGCAUAAACACGGAAUACGUCUAUACACACCGAAAGCCGGGACUCCACAGAUCAUGAGGAUGUCUUAUUUGUCUAUCUGUGACCUACCGUUAUUGAAUACCAGCUCAGAGUCAAAAUGUUUAUUUUACACAACGUUUUCACCAAACAGCAAACAUCUUACAAGGUAAGCUUCGAUUUGGUCUGUUUGAGCUAUAGCUACAUUGGGGGUAUAAAAUGAAUCAUUAGGUUGGUAGUAACAAAUCUAGCAUAUUGCUAAUGUUAUCUGAUGAUGUAUGACUGAAUGGCAACAUCGAAUAUCCACCGAGUGACUAUCUUUGCGCAUCAAAAAUAUGAUGUCGCCUGCUUACGCUCUGAAGGCAUCCAUUACACAGGGGAUUGGCUACUAUGGCACCUUGACAGUCUUGUAGCCAAUGAGAUAAGCUUUUCAGGGAUAUGCAGUUGACCUGGGUGGGACAAAGCAAGUCCUAUAACCUUUUAUGCGUAAUGCGAACAAUUGCUACCUGGCUCAGAGAUGAGGCAUACUACAUUACAUUACAUUGUAAACAGAUUUCAUAGCUUUAAUUUCCUUGCUUUAGCAUAAAAGAUGGCUUCUCAAAGGGUGUGAAAACUAAGAAUAUCGAACAGGAAGCUAAAAAGAAGGCAGCUAUGAAUAAGUAUACCGACAUAGAAGCUUUGAAUAAAAUACUGGUCGGACUCGGAUCAGGGGAGCGAUUUGGACAACGAGUAUUUAGACUCGGCUGACGAAGAUUGCUUUCUAGAAAGAUUGGAUCUACUUUUAGAUCUGUAAGUAAAUUAUUUUCAUUACUUUUACAUAGCUAAUUUACUAUAUGUAUUUCGUGUUUUAUAAGUUGUCUGAUUUUUGUGCUGUGGAUUUAGUUGACAUAGGCCAAUGUCUCCUGAGUGGCGCAGUGGUCUAAGGCACUGCAUCGCAGUGCUAGCUGUGCCACUAGAGAUCCUGGUUCGAAUCCAGGCUCUGUCGCAGCCGGCCGCGACCGGGAGACUCAUGGGCAGCGCACAAUUGGCAUAGCGUUGUCCAGGGUAGGGGAGGGAAUGGCCGGCAGGGAUGUAGCUCAGUUGAUAGAGCAUGGCGUUUGCAACGCCAGGGUUGUGGGUUCGAUUCCCACGGGGGACCAGUAUGAAAAAAAAAAUAUAUAUAUAUAUAUGUAUUCACUAACUGUAAGUUGCUCUGGAUAAGAGCGUCUGCUAAAUGACUAAAAUGUAAUGUAAAUGUAACAAAAUGAAAUGUAAAGUGUAAAUGUAAGUAAUUUCAAUGUUAUAUAAUUCCAAAGUAGUUAUUGUCUAUGUUUCAUAUUAGUUCACUGUUUGCUGUUCUAAGUUUCAUCCUUGUUACUUUGGAGAGGCCACUAAACUCUCAUGGCCAUUGUUUAUUUGUGGUUCUCGCCUUUGUCUCCAAAGUGUUACUGUUUGCACCUUCUAUGUGAGUCACUGUACAGAUAAAGUUUAGGCUUGGUGUUUUUUACUUUACAGUGAUCGUUUUGUAAGUUUAGUCAACUGUAAUUCUGUGUCUUACAACUGUAUGAAAAUGUAUGCACUCACUAACUGUAAGUCGCUCUGGAUAAGAGCGUCUGCUAAAUGACCCCCGCCGGUCAAGGUCUUCACCCCCCACUGCAAUGUCAAUCACUCCGUCUGAUGGUUCUACGUCCACUUUUCAUAGACCUCUUGAAAAAGAACAUAGGGGCUUGUGGCACCAUUCGUCCUAACAGAAUCGGUUUCCGAGACCAAGGUAAACGACAUGACAAAGACAGCGGAGAGGGGGACCAUACGUUGGAUCAGGACUAACAAGCUGCUUUUUGUGAAAUGGAAGGACACUAGGGAAGUAACCAUGCUCACCACACAGCUUAAGGCAUUCAAUAACAACCAUGUCUCAAGGAGGGUGAAAAAAGAAGAAUGUCCCCAUUCCUGUUUCUGUGAAGGACUACAAUGCCAGCAUGGGGGGUGUCGACCUAUCUGAAGCUCUGAUAGGCUACUACCAGGUCCUCCACAAGACCAGGAAGUGGUAUAAGACUUUUUUUUUUAACCACUUUGUGGACAUUGCUACAGUAAAUGCUUUAAUUCUCCACAAGCAGAUGGCCAAAGCAAAAAGGUCAAACCCCUCUCCUCCAGUUGGCCUUCCGAGAGCAGCUGGUGUUAGAAAUGGCUGAAUUGGGGCCCCAAAGUAACCUCACAACCAUCACAAGACCCCCCCACUCAAGGUGAGCGCCACUAUCCAACACACAUGCCAGAAGACAAAAGAUAGAACUGGGGGAAAAAAGGGGGAAAUGCCAGUUCGCUUUUUGUUUCCUGGCAGAGAGGGACUGCUUCAAAGACUAUCAGAACAUGCACAAGCUACUGUGAAAGUGAAAUCUAAUCAUCUACACCUGGGAUGUAAAACGAACAUAAAUGGCAUUUGUAAAUAGUUCAGCUUAUUUCUAUUUUUGCACCUUUUUUAGUGAAGGACACGUGUGUAACCAAGUUGGUGUUUGAUAAGACAUUUUUAAAUAUCUUUUAUGUAUCUGUUGCUUUUUAUAUUGUUUUUGUAAACAGUUCAUUUGUAUGUGGGACCAAUACAUUGGAUAUGCCUAGGCUAAACGUUCAGGCACUUUGGAGAGGUUGAAAAAACAAUAACUUUUAGGCACAUCCAGUGUGCAAAAACAGUGCAGUUACCACAUUCGGACACUUUGGAGAGGUUGAAAGAACACUUGAAUGUACCCUGGAUACCCCAUAACACCACCACAAUGUUUGAGUGAGGUUGAUAUGGUAUAAAUUAUGUUUUUAUACUGAACAAAUAGCAUUUAGGGAUUGCAAAUAUGUAAUAGCACUGGAAUGAUCUAAUUUACAGACAUAUGCCACUUUGGAGAGGUUUAGGGACACCUGGAAACGUCCCGUGACCACACCUGACGACACUUACUAAAACAUCUGCCCAUUUGUAGUUGUUAGGUCUAUCAAUUCCAUUUUUGUUCUGAUAUUGUUUACAUGUUGUGGAAGCCAUCUGAUGUGUUUCCAGCUCUUGGAAUCAAUAAUUCACUUAUAACUUGUCAAAGAAAAAGAAAAAACGGUUAUUUUAUGUGUGCUUGAUCUUGUGAAUUCUGAACUAUGUAACGCCUAUCUAUCUAAUGAUAAUUUCCUCAUAAUCUCCCAGAUGUCUUCUUUCCAAAUAUACCACGUUUUGGAAUGUCAGAAUCAUGUAAUUACACGUGAAUAGCAGUUACUUUUGGGUAUGUCUAUUUAGGCGGAAAUCAACAUUUUGCCCUUACAUUUAAGCGGUUAAGUCAAUUUAAACAGUAGAUUGGCAUAUAUCGAUAUCAGUAAGUUUUGUCCCCCCCAAAAUUGGUAUCAGACACAAAGAAAAACAUAUCAGUCGGGCUCUACUACCCUUUAAUAUUCCCUCACCGUGAUCAGAGUCUGUGUUUGCUCUCUGUGCCAUGCUGGAGAAUAGGGCUUUAAAAUAACAGGAAUCGCACAAUUUGUACUAGCGUGGCUUUUUAGGGCUUUGCCUGUUCGGAGACUGAUUUGUAAGAAAGGUGAACAACAGUGUUAGUAUGUAGAAGUGUGAUAGAAAUGUGCAUAUUUUUAUUUGUCACAUAGUAGUAGUCUGUUAUUUUCCAGCCCACCUCCUCCCCAGUCUGAGCCUCCUAUACUGCACACCACAUAGUCCCGUGUUCUUCUGCAUCCUCUCUCUCUCAUAUAUAUUCAUUCCUCUUAAGGUUGAAGCUUUCUUAUGUGAUUUAUAAGAACUCCUAAGGGGUUUGUAUGUGUGUAGGGAGGCGCAGUACAUGGUCGCUGCUCCAUUAAGGGCAUAGAAACCACCCCAGCAGCACCCACUCAUACUGUGCAACAAUGCAACCCACUAUAGAGGGAGCAUAGCUUGACUGCAUUAGAGAGGUGAGAAAGAGAGGGAGGUGUACGUAUGGCCUGGGGUGUAUUUGACGUCAAACGUUCUGGUUUGUGACCCUGGCGUCAGCCUUGUGCUCAUUUUGUGCCCACACACACAACACCACCACCACCACGUAUUUCAGUGAUUUCCGGAAACAUAAAAAUCCCCCCCCCCUUCGCAGGCUCCACGAGCAGCAGUUCGAAAUAGCCGAUUAGAGGGUAGCGAGUGUUUAAGUUGCCAUGGCAACUAGAUGAGUCAUCCUGCUGCAGUUCGUUAAGUCACUUGCACUGUAUAUCCCCCCCCCCCCCCCCCCUCCUCCGCCUCUCCCUCCUUUCCUCCCUCUCUCUCUGCUCUGACACUGGGAUUCUACCUGUUCAUUUGUCACCUUUGCUGUUAUCAGAGAGGGUGACAGGCACAGGUCUUCACAGGUUAGCCAUUGUUGGAGUCGGGGGAGUAAAGGGGAGGAAAGAGGUGCUGUGAGUGGGAGGUUGAUGAAGGCGAGCCGAGUGUCGCUGUGCUGCCUGUGAUUACAUAUUUAUGGCCCAGGCUAAUCAGUAAGCCCGGUGUCGACAGCUUCACAGGGGGUUUAGAGGGAGAGCGAGGGCCCAGACAGAUUUCAUUUUGCUGGUGUUCAUUUGCUGAGAGUGCCGGAAGCACUUGGAUUUCUGAUUGAACAAGUCUAAUAAUGUGCAGAUGUCAAUUGUGGUUAAUUAUGGUGAUGAUUGUUGUUAUGACCGGGGUUUUAGUCAUUUUGUGCCUGGUGAACCUGUGUGCAUAAAUCAGGGCGACUUCAUCGCCCCAUUCAUAAAAGGUCAUGAUUCAUGAUUAUUAAUGUCAAGUCAUUUGGUUUGAGAAAAUUUAGUUUUCUUUUCCUUUUUCAGCUUGCCUGUUUUACUAACCUGUUGCACACUUUGUAAUCUUGGUUCCUCAAGUAACAGAUCACUGCUAGAUGUCAUGUUCUGCUCUCUAUAAUGAAGCGAAACCAGUUCAGACAAGAAACUUGAGUGUUUGCAUCAGCUGAGAUUGCACCAAUCUGAUUCCAACAUUUCCUACCUUAUGGCGGUCUAUUUAAGUUGACCAGUUCUGCACAAACAUCCUCUGCUGCUGCAUUGCUGCUGUGCUAAGCUAUGCGCUUCUCUUUCUUUGCUGUUUAUUGCUGUUGCUGUAAUUACUGCUACUACUCGCUAUGCAUUGUCUGUUUUCUGCUAGCCCACCACCACCCCAGACUCCAACUGUUUGGCUCUGCUUUUGUUCCCGUCACAGUGACCAACAGUAUGUGGACACCUGAUUAUCGAAGAUCUCAUUCCAAAAUCAUGGGCAUUAUUAUGGAGUUGGUCCCCCCUUGGUGCUAUAACAGCCUCCACUCUUCUGGGAAGGCUUUCCACUAGAUGUUGGAACAUUGCUGCGGGGAUUUUCUUCCAUUCAGCCACAAGAGCGUUAGUGAGGUCGGGCACUGAUGUUGGGCGAUUAGGCCUGGCUCGCAGUCGGCGUUCCAAUUCAUCCCAAAGGUGUUCAGUGGGGUUGAGGUCAGGGCUCUGUGCAUGCCAGUCAAGUUCUUCCACACUGAUCUCGACAAACCAUUUCUGUAUGGACCUCGCUUUGUGCAUGGGGGCAUUGUCAUGCUGAAACAGGAAAGGGCCUUCCCCAAACUGUUGCCACAAAGUUGGAAGCACAGAAUCGUCUAGAAUGUCAUUGAAUGCUGUAGCGUUAAGAUUUGCCUUCACUGGAACUAAGGGGCCUAGCCCGAACCAUGAAAAACAGCCCCAGACCAUUAUUCCUCCUCCACCAAACUUUACAGUUAGCACUAUGCAUUGGGGCAGGUAGCGUUCUUCUGGCAUCUGCCAAACCCAGAUUAGUCCGUCAGACUGCCAGAUGGUAAAGAAUGGUUCAUCACUCCAGAGAAUGUGUUUCCACUGCUCCAGAGUCCAAUGGCGGUGAGCUUUACACCACUCUAGCCGACGCUUGGCUUUGCGCAUGGUGAUCUUAGGCUUGUGUGUGGCUGCUCGGCCAUGGAAACCCAUUUAUUGAAGCUCCCGACGAACAGUUAUGCUGAUGUUGCUUCCAGAGGCAGUUUGGAACUCUGUAGUGAGUGUUGCAACCGAGGACAGAUCUUAAUUUUUUUUUAGGGGGUAGAUCAGCUUUAGUAUUGCAGAUUGUAGCUUCCAUCAACGUAAUUGUCUGCAUCAUUUCCAAUCCCCCAUAUAUUAUUUGUAAAUAUAUAUGCAGUGAACUUGGAGAGUAUUCAGACCCCUUUACCUUUUCCAUAUUUUGUUACGUUAAAUAUAAUUGUAUCAAUCUACACACUAUACCCCAUAAUGACAAAGCGAAAACAGGUUUUUUGAAAAAUUUUUGCCAAUGUAUUAAAAAUAAAAUAAAAAACAUAUCUUAUUUACAUAAGUAUUCAGACCCUUUGCUAUGAGACUCGAAAUUGAGCUCAGGUGCAUCCUGUUUCCAUUGAUCAUUCUUGAGAUGUUUCUACAACUUGAUUGGAGUCCACAUGUGGUAAAUUCAAUUGAUUGAGGAAGGGUAGCGAAAAAUUUCUGCAGCAUUUAAGGUCCCUAAGAACACAGUGGCCUCCAUCAUUCUUAAAUGGAAGAAGUUUGGAACCACCAAGACUCUUCCUAGAGCUGGCCGCCUGGCCAAACUGAGCAAUCGGGGGAGAAGGGCCUUGGUCAGGGAGGUGACCAAGAACCCGAUGGUCACUCUGACAGAGCUCAAGAGUUCCUCUGUGGAGAUGGGAGAACUUUCCAGAAGGACAACCAUCUCUGCAGCACUCCACCAAUUAGGCCUUUAUGGUAGAGUGGCCAGACGGAAGCCACUCCUCAGUAAAAGGCACAUGAGCCGGGUGGCCAGCUCUAGGAAGAGUCUUGGUGGUUCCAAACUUCCUCCAUUUAAAUAUUGAUAUGCGUCACUGUCGUCACCUCAAAUUUGUCUCUUGACCUGGGUGCACCUACGCUGUAAACUUUCAUUCAUAGGCUAGGUUGUAGCAACCUCAUGAUGGGUAUAGGGAAAAUUAGAGUAUCAUGUAGUAGCCUAAACCUAUCGCUGUUACAUUGAACUGGGUGAAUGGAAUAUGAAUGAGAGUCAUCCAAUAUGCUGUAAUAGAAAUAAGGCCAUGCUCAUAAAAACAUUUGUCCUCCCUCAUCUUAAACGGCGCUGACCACCACUGCGUAAUAUGUGGUAGGUUAUGUAUUGUAUAACAGCGCAAUCAUUAUUUUCUUUCGUUUUUUCUUUCAUGGGUGUUCUACAUGCAACAUCUAAAAUGCUUUUGAAUGAAUCAUCACCUUAGAAAGCACUGUCCAUUUCAUUGUGUUUGGCUUUGAAACAACAUCCACAACAACCAUGUUUUCCACUCAGUUUCAACCUGUUGUUGAACUUCUUUAUUCAAAUUGGUCAUCACAGAUGUAAUAAAAUGUAGCCUACUGGUGAGUUUUAAAAGCAUGAUACUGUUUUGAUGAUAAGUGUUUGAUUUUUUUGAUAUCAUUUGCAUAGAUAUCAGAGUGGUUAGAGGGACAAUAAAGCACUGAGUACCAGGCCAUUAGUGACCUGAUGUUCAUUAGUGAGUUGGGUAGGCCUACUACCAACGCAUGUCCAGAGUGCAUAAGAAAAGAUGAUUGAGUCACGUGGAAUUUGACUGCGGUCAUGACUCAUGACUGCCGUUGUGGCGGUAAUACUGUCACCCCAACAGCCCUAAUGCUACAUUUCCUGGAAACAGGAAAACAAAACUGGAAACUAGGCCUAGAUGUAGCUGUACUGGUGGGAAUACUGUUUGCUCCUGGAGGAUUUGAUUUGGCAAGCGGCCCCUAAUGUGCUCAGUCACUUCUUUGGCUAAAGCCCACCUCACCUUCUUAGUUUAGCAAGACUUUUGCAACUUUAGAAGAACUACAACAGCUGUAAAUAAAGCAGGCUGUUUUGGGUUGUGCUGAGUUUCACACAUUUGAAGAAAUGGCAUGAAACACUUUGGAAUUAAUUAUAAAUGGAUUCUCUUUAGGUGAGACAUUUAUAUUUCCAGGGACAUGUGCGAAUGUGCUGUUCUUGUCAAUGUUUGUGAAUGCAGCAUUUUAUUUCUAUGCUACAUUUGCUAAUAAAAUUAUCUUGGGAGCGAUCCUGAACAGUCAAAACUGCCUAUCAUCACCAGUCUCUUGUAAAAAUGCAAACCACUGAAGAACACGGUAAAAAUAUGCUUACAUUUAGUAAAGGUUUCCCAACAGUUUCUGCCUGUCUACAAACUAUUCUUCAAGGCUGCUCAAUGUUCACCUCCACCAUUGUCUCGGGUCGCCCUGACAUGUUACUAACAGUGUGUGGAGGAAAAACUUCCUUCUAGAUACUUAUUUGACAAUGAUUUAAGGGCAUUUUUUUUAUUUCCCCCUAAUGGUUUUGGGGGUGGGGGGGUAAGCUGAUCCUAGAUCUGUGCAUAAAACUGACUUUUACCAGGAGUCUAACCUGAUGGCUGACAGCGUAUGUUUCUCUGGUGAGUCAGCUCAGACCAUUGACCUCCAACCUCUAACCCUUGUCUCUCUGUGUCCUCUCCCCAGGUCGGGUGCAUGAGGAUGACCAGGGGGGUUGUGUGGGGCAGGGGCUGGGGCUCAGGACCCUAUGUGUGAACGGUACAGACACAGAAACGGACCAGGACCACUACCCAACCACCAGCAGGACCAGGUCCCGAUCAGAGCGCCUCUCCUCCUCCUCCUCUUCCAACCCCUCACGCAAAGGCGUGUCCGCCUACAGCCGCAUCCGCAAGCUGUCCAACUGCAAGCAGCAGUGA